UUGAGCUGUUUGUGCGCGUUAAUAUCGCGUGCUGCUGUUUUUCACCGGUGGAAAUCAUUUCUUUGUUUCGCGAGCGCGGAUCAAGCUGUUCUCUCCUCACCGACACACACACACACACACACACACCGCGCCUCCAGCAUGCUUGUGCUUCUGCUGUGAACAUUCUCGCUUUAAUGCAAUGAGAGCUCCGUCCUGACAGCAUUUGUUCCCUCGGUGCAGAAUGCAGGAGCGGGUGAAGCGCGAUGGAGCGGCGGUGCUGCUGACGCUGUGCGCGGUGCUCGAGUGCAUAGAAGCGAAGAAGUACUGCUGGUAUUUUGAAGGAGGAUACCCCAUCUAUUUCAUAUGUCGCUCGUAUGAGGAAUGCUGUGGGACUCGCUGCUGCGUCCGAGCACUUUCCAUCCAGAGACUCUGGUAUUUCUGGCUGCUGCUGAUGAUGGGCGUGCUCUUCUGCUGCGGAGCAGGCUUCUUGAUUCGCCGGAGGAUGUAUCCAUCAGCGCUCAGCGAGGAGCCUGCCUUCAACGUGUCCUUCACCAGACACCCGGUCAGCUCGCCAGUCUCGCAGCAGCCGGGCAUGCAAGGCUACGGUGACCCCUGCGGCGCCAUGACGACGGCCCUGACCCCAGCCUUCCCGGGUCAGAUGACCCCAGCACACAUGAUGAGCUCGUACCCCCCGCCGCCCUCCUACUGCAGUCAUCCGCCGCCCUCGUACGAUCAGCUCUUCAGGAACGCCGAGAAGAAGAGCCUCAGCCAGUCCUCGCAGUGAGACGCAACUCACGCUCUUUCUGCCCGUUCCCAGUCUCUUUAACGUUUGAUUGGUGUGCUGUGGAGGGGCGACAAAGAGAACAAAGGUCCUGAUGGGGUUUGAAACGGACUUCUCUCCUGACGGAGCUUUGAAGAAGCUGUCGAGAUGCCAAGCACAGGAGAUACUGAGAGUCUGGACUCUCUUUCUUUGAGAAGUGGGUCUUGAUGGACAGGAGAUGAAAACACACCACAUCCAUCCUGAGGACGACCGCACUUCAGAACCCAUCCUGAUCUCAGAUGAGCGUUUUAUCACAUUGCAGCCGCUGAAUAUCAUCCUCCUGAGCCUCUCAAACAUGUGGAAGCCUGUUUAUGCCACUGGAUAAAAAAAAAAAAAAAAAAAAAAAAAAAGGUAAUUGCCACUUUUCAUCUCGGAAUUCUGACUUUUUAUUUUGCAACUGCAAGUUCAAUUCUGACUUCUUUUUUUAAGAAAGUUUUGUAAGAAAAUAGUUUUUUGUCAGAAUUAGUCAGAAUAACUCGUGAUUGCAAGAUUAUAUCUAACAAAUAUAAGAAGUCAGAAAUACGAGAUAUAAACUGAGAAAGUGCAAGAAAGGUCAGAAGUGUGACUCGUUUCGCAAUUAUGACUUCUU